GUGGAACAAGUUCAAGAUGGCGGCUGUUAACUUGACGUUUUAACUUUUUUCAAACAUUUUUUAAUCAUUUAAUAUAUAAUUUAAUUGGUUUAUUUCUGUAAUUACUUUAUUUUAAGAAACAAAAACAAGUAGCCUUUUCUUUAAGAUAGUUUCGUGGUACCAUCAAGCAGUUAAGUACGAGUUGAACGACACAAAACAAAAAUAGAAGACAUAUGAAGAAGUCAAUUCUUUUAAAAUGAAGUAAGUGCUGAAAUUAAUUGAUUGAAACAAGUACCCGUCUGUAAAACAACAAGUUGUUGAAAGUUGAAAAUGGAAUCUAUGCAGUAUGAACAGGCAAGAAACAUGACCCUUUUGUUUUUUUUUGAACGUUUAUUGGACAAAGGAGAACCGAGAACGUUGCAUGAUUUAAGUUGUCAGUUUGGCUCAAAAGGCUUUACCAAAGAGAUGAGACAAAUAGCAGGAGGGUCACAGAAUGGCCUUAAGAAGUUUUUGUUGCAGUAUCCUUCACUAUUUUCUAUUGAUGGGGAAUAUGUUAACAUCAACAUGUUCCAAAAUCAUGCUGACACAGUACAUAAUAGUGUUGGUCAUAAAGAUUACACUGCCCAAGCAGUGGAAUACUUUAGUGAAAAACUGGCUCAGUAUGGAGAGGAUACUGAGGUUCCUAUUCGAAGUCUGUUAGGACACCGUUCUCAGGCCAGCCCUGAGAUCAGGCAUGUUUCUGGACAGCACUUCCAUGAAUUCCGUGACUUUUUGCUCAAACACCCUGACACAUUCUUUGUUUCUGAUGAAAAUGAAACAGUAACACUAAAAAACUUCAAAAACGUCAAGUGCCACAUCCAAGAACUCCACUUCAAUCCCACCAUCAAUAUUGACCCUGAAAUCACCCAAAACGUUCUCGAUUUUAUGGCGAAAUGCAUAGAGCUUAAAGGUCCUAUACUUGUUGAGCAACUCUUCCAAGUGGUCAGCUGUAAUUUACCGGAAAACAUGUGGACGAAUCUCUUCAAUACUCCAAGCCACCUGACCAGCUUCCUUCGUCUAUUUAAUGACAGCUUCCACAUCCAAACAAAUCUGGUGACCCUCAUUCAACAGCCAAAAGUCAGCGAAAAGCAUAUCAAUGCCCAGAUGGCACACAGCCAGUUGACUUCUCUCCCUUCCAUUCUCCCCCAGAACUCCAGAAAAGAAAUCAGGUCUCCAGCAAUGGAUUAUCCCAAGUUAAAAGUAGAGGACACCAACAAGAACAAUGAUAAUAACAGUAAUGGGAUUGGGGACCAGGAAAAUGGGAUUAAGACAAGUCCUUCAAAAGUGGUAGUAAACAAUCGUCAAGCAAGUCCUUCAGGAAUGAUACAGCAACAGAUGAGCCCUAAAAGUAGCGUAAACGACAGGUUGAGACAGCCAAAAGUUCAACAAAAGUUUCUAGAGGCACAGAAGAGUAAGGGGGCCGAAGGAGUCGAAGCGAGGGUGGCAUCACCAGUGGAAGAACCCCAAGACAAAGGAAAAGGGAUUAACUUUAGACUUGGUAAAUUAUCAAAACAGUCUUCCGAUUCAAGUGACAGUUCUUCUCAGGAACAGCGAUCGUCGGUGUCUUUGAAGCCGCCUCCAUCUCAGAAUCAGAGUCUCAAGCAACGGAUUAAUUCGUUGGUCUUAAAAACAUUACAAGAAAAUACAGGCAGGGACCGAUUGAAUCUUGUGGGGCAACAGAACCAGAGUCUCAGUGAAGCUGGAAAUUUGAAACUUCUACAAAGCACACGAGUCAUAUGCAACGUUCGAGAAUGCCAGAUCGUUUGCGACGAAAUUACCAAAAAGAAACCUCUUGUAAGAAACGAUAAGAGAUUUAGCGACAAUAAUAACGAGAAUUCAGCGUUCUGCUGGCCUUAUACAGAAGAGAAAGUGGCCGUCGGUUUUGAUUGUGAAGGGAUCACGUUGGGUAUUAAAGGUCAGAUAACCCUCAUCCAAUUGGCUACAAUGCAGGGCUCAGUUUACAUCUUUGAUCUCAUUUCCUGUCCGAAACUGAUGGAUGCUGGGCUAAAGGUUCUUCUCGAAAAUUCGGAUGUUAUUAAAAUUGUUCACGAUUGCCGUAACGCUUCUGUGAAUCUUCACAAUCAGUUUGGGGUGACUUUGAAGGGUGUAUUCGACACACAGGCAGCGCACGCCGUCCUUACACUCCAAGAGACAGGUCGUCCUGUGUACAAGGCGAAAAGCGUGACUUUGAACGCUCUCUGCGAGUUCUAUGGCGCACCAACGAAUCCAAUGAAAGAACAAUUGAAAAAUAAUUACAAGAAAGAUGUGCACUAUUGGUCGAAGAGGCCGUUGUCUAAGGAGAUGGUGCUCUUCGCCGCUGCUGACGUUUCGUGUCUCAUCAACAGGAAGAUAUAUUAUGCAAUGAGUCGCACAAUUGCUCCUGAGAACCGGAAGUUGACGGUCGAAUUGUGCCAAGAACAAAUUCUCACGCACAUCGACCCGGAGGCGGUUAAGUUUGAAAAGAGGCAACGUAAAACAGCUACUGAAGUGGCUGAAUUGAAGACGAAACUGGCUCAACCGGCCAAAAGUAUUGUACUAAGCAAUAGAGAAGUUCGUCUUUUAAGGUACAUCGAUCUGACAGACGAAGAGAAAGAAAAGUUAAAAGCGUCUGCAAAAGUGGCGAAGAAGCUCGAAAAGCUUGAGAACCUUGGUCAAGAUCGAGACGGUGACAAUAGCUCGGACGACGACGAGAACGACGCCGAUUACACUAGUCUGGAUAGCGACGUCGUCACGUCCAUUUCACCAAGAAACAAUUCAGAACCCACAAGCCUCACUGAGUCAAUGCAACUGAUGGACAACGUUUUAAACGAUUCGAAAAUAGACAGGAUUGAAAAGUUGGAUAAACUGGAAGCAAUUCUCAGCGCCGCAGCACUUCUACCAGGCGUCUCGCCGCCACCAUCGACAGCAGCGACAGCGUUCUCCACCUCCUCUGACACUAGUCGAUGUUGCACAUGUGGUGGUCAAAAAAACAGUGGGACUGAUAUUGCAGGGAUGAUCGAGUAUGUUCGUCUUCUGUCUCCGAGUACACAACCUCAGUUUGUUUGUGGAGAAAUGGGUGUAGGGCGAGAUACUGUUACACCUUCACCCCCGCCUCCAGACGACAAUAAAAGGAACGUCAAGACCCAGACGCUCAGCACCGGAGACGUCGUCGUCACGAAAAUACAUUUCGACUGAAAGUUAAAUCGUUGUAGCUUGUGUGGAAUAACGCUGAGUAAUAGGUAAGAGUA